CCGAAGCUGCCUUUGCCCUGCCCUGGCCCCAGGGCCGCGCCCUGCCCGCCCUCCUCGGCCCCAGCAUGGUGGACUACUACCAAGUGCUGGGCGUGCCCCGGCAGGCCUCCACCGACGCCAUCAAGAAGGCCUACCACAAGCUGGCGCUCAAGUGGCACCCCGACAAGAACCCGGAGAACAAGGAGGAGGCGGAGAAGCGCUUCAAGCAGGUGGCCCAGGCCUACGAGGUGCUGUCGGACGCCCGCAAGCGCGGCGUCUACGACCGCUAUGGCGAGGCCGGAGAGGACAGCGGGGCCGCCCCGGGCCGCCCCUGCCACGACCCCUUCGAGUGCGUCUUCAGCUUCCGCGACCCCGCAGACGUCUUCAGGGACUUCUUCGGGGGCCAGGACCCGUUCUCCUUCGACUUCUUCGGCGCCCCGCUGGAGAACCUCUUCGGGGGACACAGGACCCCCCGCGGAAUCAGAAACAGAAGCAGGGCGUCUGAGCCUCUCUUCUCCACCUUCGCCCAGUCCCCGGCUUUUGGCGGAGGCUUUUCUUCCUUCGACACGGGAUUCACCUCCUUCGGGCCCCUGGCCGACGGCCUUUCCUCCUUCUCCAUGUCCUGUGGCGGGACAGGCAACUUCAAGUCCGUGUCCACUUCCACGGAAAUCGUGAAUGGCAAAAAGAUCACCACCAAGAGGGUCGUGGAGAACGGCCAGGAGAGGGUGGAAGUGGAAGAAGACGGACAGCUCAAGUCCCUCAUCAUCAACGGCCAGGAGCAGCUGCUGCACAUCGACACCAAGUAAUUCCCCCGGACUUAGAGUGCAUGUUGAGCAAUAGCCGGACACUUUUUCAAAGAUUGGAAGUGAUCUCUACUUUCACAACAACUGUAACCCAAAAUUUAUUAAAAGUUCUUGCUAAAUUAGCCUAUUUGUAGUUCUUGUCGGGGACAUGCAGAUGGGAUCUCUCUUGGUCUUAAACUGGGAUGCAGGUGUGCUGUGCCUUGCUGUUUC